GCAUUCUUUUUCCACUAGACUUUCUUGUUCAAAUCUCCAGUGCUCCUUAAGGGGCAGGGGGAUUAACAGGACCUACAAAGAUGGCUGAAAAGAUGGCUGUAGAGUUGCCUGAAGAACAUCAGCUUAUUGACCAGCUAUCUUACGAGUAUUUUAAGUCCAAAUCUGACGUUGAUGUGAAACACUAUGUGUGGGGAUUCAGGUAAGAUUUCAAUUGGUUCCUUUUAGCUGUACAGUGGUACCUCAGGUUAAGUACUUAAUUAGUUCCAGAGGUCCGUUCUUAACAUGAAACUGUUCUUAACCCGAAGCACCACUUUAGCUAAUGGGGCCUCCUGCUGCUGCUGCACUGCUGCUGCACUAUUUCUGUUCUCAUCCUGAAGCAAAGUUCUUAACCCGAGGUACUAUUUCUCGGUUAGCGGAGUCAGAAAACCACAGGAGGGGAGGGUGCUCUUGUACUUGGGUCCUGCUUGAGAUUUUAUCAGAAGCGUCCGGGGGACCAUUGUGAGAACAUGAUGCUGGAGUAGAUUGGCCACUGGCUUGAUCCAGCAGGCUCGGCUUGAGUUUGGAUAACUUAGAAUGUUCUGUUUUACAAAUUUGUCAUUCUCUUUCCAGGAGAAAAGACACUGAGCUAUAUGAGUUCGUUGAAACAUUAUUCUACCAUCCUCUGUUCAAAUCAGUUAUGAUCAGCACCAUCACAAUCAAUGCAAUAUUUUUGGCCAUAGAAACAGAUUACAAAGUUCGCUAUGAGUCACAUUUUUUCCUGGAGGUAACAAGACUCUUGAUUGCCUGAACUUUUCAUUUUUCUCUAUUGUUCUAAAGCCACUUUCUCUCUUCCAGAAGAAGAAAGGAAUAAACUGGGGCGGGGGCAGGGGGAGAGUCAAGUACAGAGUUUACCUGGCUCUCUCAUUCCUUUCUCCUUUUCUUCUUGACUUCUAGUCAAGUUAUGAGUAAUGCCUUAUAUUAUACUCUUGUCAAGCAAAAGCAUUAAAUGGAUGGAAUACCUUAUUCACUAUACCUGACACGAGCUUGAAUUUAGGAAUAUGUCCACUAUUAGUAUUGCUCCAUAAAGUAUGAAUUGGAGAAAGUGUAGGAUAAAUACUAAGGCCAAAAUUUAGCUUACGUUUGUUGUGUUAGAGCUCAAACGAAAGCCUCAAGUCAGCGGUGACUAAGAGUUUCAAAUGUUGAAAGAACUCUAUACCUAUGAGUACGUACCAUUGAACCCUACAGAAUUUCACUGUUAGUCAUAACCAGCUGAAUCAGGGUCUCAGUACUCAAAACAUUUCACAUACGUAAUCUCAACAAUAUUUACAAUACCCUAUAUGGUAGGCCAAUAUUAUUAUCCCUAAACACUGAUGGUUCUCAGAUAAUAGUUGUCAGAUAAUAGUUUCUCUAAUGCUCCUCAGAUCGAUCUGAGUCAUAGAUUUUCCAUUCAUGCACUUAACCACUAUAUUAUGUCAGCUUUUUUACUCUCAUUACCAUCAUUUCUGCUGCAACUAUUUGACCCUAGCAUUGAACACAGAAGUGACACAUUCACUGCUCAGAGAGCUUACUGGUAAGUCGAGAAGAGGUUGAAGGGAGAGGACAAAACAGAGAAUAAGGAAUAACAAAUGAGUGCAAGAGUCGAAAAUAUUUAAAAAUAACAAUAAGGUUAUUACACAAUAAUAUUUCCAGCCUGGCCUUUCACCCUGCAGAGGGCCUUCUUGGUAGCGGCACCCGCCCUGUGGAACGCCCUCCCAUCAGAUGUCAAGGAAAUAAACAACUACCUGACUUUUAGAAGACGUCUGAAGGCAGCCCUGUUUAGGGAAGUUUUUAAUGUUUGAAGUUUUAUUCUGUUUUUAAUGUUCUGUUGAAAGCCGCCCAGAGUGGCUGGGGCAACCCAGCCAGAUAGGUGGCGUAGAAAUAAUAAUUUAUUAUUAUUAUUAUUAUUAUUAUUAUUAUUGCUGUCCUUGUUUGUGAAUUCCAAAAUAUUCCUGUGCUGGCUUUGGCUGCUUUAAUAUUUUACAUUACUGAAAAAUCUUGUUUAUGUUGGGAGAAGAAUCUAGCUUAGAAUAGUCACAAAUGCCCUAUUAACAUGGUUUCAAAACUUAAUAGUGAUGUAAUGGAGCAAGUCUGAGCCUAUACUAUAAAUACUGAUAAAAAUAUCCUGCACCCAUUCUAAUACAUUGAAAGUUUAAAAAUUUUCCCAUGUGGUUCAAGAUAUCUCCUGUCUGUAAAAUAGGGACAUUUGUCAGAAGGUUUAUAUGAGCUUAGGAAAUGCAACUGAUUGCCAAAUGUAUGUGUAUUUACAAAUGUAUAUUGUCUUUACCAAAUAUUUGAAUUUACUAUCAGCACUAUCUGACAGAGGAAAUCUAUGAGUAGCUAUAAAUGCAACCAUGCACAUGCAGUAUGUAUACCUUUGCAAGACCUGGGAUUUCUAGAUAGACCGUCAAAGGGCAUCAUAGUUCAACGACAGGACUUAUCACAUUGGGUGUGCAAUUGGAAUAGCUGGCUUCUUUCCAAUGAUACUGUCUUGCCAAGUCACCUGAUACUAUCCAAUCCUGACAUGUUCAUUGUGUCAUAAGAACAUCAUAAGAGCCCUGCUGGAUCAAAACAAAGACCUAUCUAGUCCACCAUUUUGUUCUCACAGUGGCCAACCAGGUGACUAUGGGAAACCCACAAACUGGACAUAACCACACUAACACUCAUGAUCCUAGCAACUGGUAAUCAGAGCCAUACUGCAUCUAGCUAACACUAGAAGCUACACACACACACACACACACACACACACACACCCCAUCAUGACUAGUACCACUGAUAGCCUUAUCCUCCCUUAAUCUCUCUAAUCCCCUUUAAAGUUGUCCAUGUUGGUAGUUAUCACUAUAUAUUCUGGUGGCAAAUUCCAUAAGUUAACCAUGUGCUGUAUGUCUCUCUGUCAUACUCUCUUUCCUCUUCAUUGAUAUCACAAAUCUCAAAUAGCCCUAAAGCUGCUUCUAGAAUAUACUUCACAUUUAGUAUGAUGGAAACACCUUUUAUCUGACAACUAUUUUUGCCCACACUGGUAUUCGGUAUUGCUAGUGAUCUGCCCACCUGCUGAUGUUUUGAUUGCAUUUGUAGGACUCUUCUUUUACAAUUGAGGCUGAAUAACAUUUUGAACUUGAAGUGAGCACACGGUUAAUAAUUGCUCUCUCAUGAUUUAGAUGUCCUCUUGAGAAACACUUGUUUUUCACACACCUUGGAUGUCUUAACUUACAUGAAGUCAAGUCAGCUACUGUACACAAAUUCUGGGCUUUAAUUAUAUAUCCCUGUGACGUGGUAGCAGAAAGAGAAGUCUGGCUACUGUCAAGAAGUCCAUUCAGCACUUGGAAACAUUUUCCCCCCUUCUAAUGUCAAGGUUUUGAGAAUGGACGUCAAUAAGUUUGCAUGCCCUACCUGCACCUUGGCCAUUGUGGGAGAUGGGCAUGCAUUUUGCACUUUAAUUAUCCUACUUGUGCUACAUUCCCAAAAGAAAGACAUUGUUUACACCAUAUAUGAAAGAGCAGCCUUAAAACCAAUGUCAAUGUGUCUUUGCUAUUAUGUUCCCCUUUCGGCUGAUCCUUUUGCCUGUUAUCAUCUUCACAUUCAUGUGAAGCCGCCCAGAGUGGCUGGGGAAACCCAGCUAGAUGGGUGGGGUAUAAAUAAAAAAUUAUUAUUAUUAUUAUUAUUAUUAUUAUUACUUAUGCAUCAUCCCAAAAUAAAUUUCAAACAUGUACUUUUCCCAUGUGGGAAAUAGACCACACCCCAUGGGUAAUCUUUUAGGGCAAAUGUGAUUUCCCUGUCCCUUGUCUUUCUGACAUCCUAGGCCUCUGUACUGUGCCUUUGGUGGAGAGGCAGCAAUUCAAUUCAAUUCAAAAUAAUAUUUCAUACUGAAAAUGCUUGUUGGGAAAUAUUCAGCAUGGCCCUACAUAAGAUUAAGCCUGAUGAUGGCCAUGUAUCUGAAGUUCUUUAUUUCUGUAAGAAUGAGCCUGUGGUUUACCUAGCAAAAGCCAUUUCAGCAGCAACUACACCUUCCCUUGUGGUUCAAUCACCAAAAUAACUCCUCCUGACAAUGCACCUUUGUUCCCUUUUCAGGUAGCAGAUCUGAUUAUUGUGGCCAUGUAUACAGCAGAGUUUCUGAUGAACCUUUACCUGGAUCCCAUUAAUUACUGGAAGGAUGGUUAUAAGCGAUUUGAUGCGACUGUCCUUUUCAUUGCUUACCUCCCAUACACCAUUAAUAGAAGCAACCCGCAAAUGCACCAUACUGCAAUGAUGCUCAAAGGAUUCCAGUCACUCCGGGUUCUCAAACUCCUCUUCUACAGCCCAGGGAUGAUGGUAAAUGGAUGUGGUUUCAUGUAAAUACAGCUUGACUUUUCCUCUUCCAAACUGCCAUCUCCUUCCCCCGCUGAGGAUUAAUUCCAUUCUCUUUUGCUCAGAGGGUGAUUCAAAUGUGUGAAAAGCACACAGGAAGGAGUUCUUCCUGAAUUGGACCAUCUCAGGCUGCAUUUCUGAAUGCUGCCCAGUGUUUUUGCUUUUGAACACCUCCCCCCCCACAGAGAAUAUUACCAUGAAUUUUAUUUUAUUUGCCCUAUUAAAUGCCAGUUUUCCAUUACAGGGAUUUAUUCAUUUAUUUUAAAUGUGGGGAAGCUUAUGUUAAUUCCCAUACAAUUAACCUGGCCCCAAGUUUCAUCAGCAGGGAAGGAAACAAAUAGUCUCUGUUUCAGAGUAACAGCACAGUUAGUAGAAUUUUAUGGUUUUAGAUAGGAUAAAUGUUCAUAACCACACGACAGUAGGAUCAGCACAGAGGUUAACCUAAUCAUUUUUGAUCAAACUGAUGUUUUCUGCAUGGUAAAAGACAGUAAGCCCCAUUGAACUCAAAUUGUUCUGGACUGUGUGCUAUACUUGCUGCUGACAUCUGUUGUCAGGAUCAGGCAAUAUUCCUAGUUAUUAACAUGGUUAACCUGUGCAAGUAAAUUCAACGAAUGGGGAUUGCCCUUUUUAGAGCUGAAACUCUAAAAAUAUGCAAGGAAGAUUUGGAAAGGAAUUAAUUAUCAUGAAGUGUUGUGUUCUUUUGGUUUCAUUAUUUUCACAAAGGUAAUGCAAAUUUUCAAUAAUAGCAUAACAUUUAUCUGUAGUUUAAUGAUGUCAAGACACAGAACCUGUAAUGGCUGUUAUUAAUACCACAUGACCAGCUUUCAUUUUACAAAAGAUGUUAAAAUCCAUUGGCGAAGGAUUCUAGGAGAUGGUAUGAACUGUGUGUUCCCUUCUCUUGCCUGAAUUGUGUUUGCCAUGUAGAGGGAGCCUGUUUUGUGGAUUCUGCUUGUCUGGCCUUGUGUUUUUAGCAUUUAAAAUGCUACUGAGAUGUUACUUGGCAGAACCCUCCCUUGAUUAGCUCUUGAACAAAAUGAAAUGCCUUGAGGUUGCAAACACUUAAGUGAAAGCAGAUCUGUCAACCUCAGCCUGAGCUCUGAUUGGCUCUUCACAAGCAUGUCCUCUUGCCCUUAUGUACAACGUUGAUUGAUCCAUAUCACCAGGGGGUGGCUUGUUGCCAUCCUUUCUAUCCCGACAGCAUGAGAACUUUUACUCUUGCAAGAUUGAAUGUACUGCCCUCGGCUGUACUUGAGGGGCGAUUCCAACAGUUUCCACACGAAAAAUGCUUAUGCCCCUGUGGAGAUGGCAAUACCGAAUUGGUGGCGCAUGCCCUUCUGGCUUGCCCUCUUUAUAAAGACUUGAGGAAUGAGAUUAUCACCCCUCUUUUAUUGUCCAUUCUGGGUUGCCCAACCACUGCCACAGUGUCCUUUCUCUUGGCUGAUCAAGAUGAGCAGGUGACAGCAAAGGUUGCAAGGUUUUUAGCUGGGGCAAUCAUAAUAAGAUCCACUACAGUCAUACCUCGGGUUGAAGUUGCUUCAGGUUGAGCGUUUUCGGGUUGCACUCUGCGGCGACCCGGAAGUAACAGAAUGCGUUACUUCUGGGUUUUGCCGCUUGUGCAUGUGCAGACACUCAAAAUGACGUCACACGCAUGCGCAGAAGCGGCAAAUUGCGACUCGCAGACGUGGGUUGCGUUCGCUUCAGGAUGCGAACGGGGCUCCAGGACAGAUCCCGUUCACAUCCAGAGGUACCACUGUAUUUGACUACUGAUUCAAAACCCUAAAAUGUAUUUUAUAUAAUUGACUUUUUAUUUCUUUUCUUUGUAUAUCGUAUUGUUGUUUUGCGUGGCGAGUUCCCGCCCCCCACCAGGAUAAAUAAAGACACAAGACACCAUAAUUUAAGGUUAAAUGGGCGAAUUAGGCCACAACUUUAUUGAAUUCAGGAAUGAGAGGCAUUGGCUUAGCCAUUGGUCCUAUCGACUAUCCGGCUCCAGCCCAUUUGCUGGAGACACGGGAAGGGUUAACACCAUAGAGGGGGAGUCUCCUGCUGAGGCACGUCGACUAGGAGCUCCCCCGGGUCACCGCUCGGGGGCAUGCCUUUGGCCCACACCUCCAUAGGCUUUGGACAGGGCCACGCCCCCCGGAGUCCUUUAUCGGACCACCCUUCGUUCACUGGGGGGAGGUGAUGGCGUUCCUCUCCCCCAUCCUCUUAACCCCUUCUUACCAAUGCCUAACCGCCAAUGCCGAGGAGUUGUGACGAGUUGCUAUGAGGUAGGCGAAAAACCAAAUGGCUGUAAAUUGCCAAUUGGGAAAAAUUCCUACCAUGCCCCUUGCGGCGACAGACCGAAGUCCAUAGCAAAGUCAGAGACCUACCUAAAGCCUACCCAAAGGGAGGGAGGGUGGGAAAACGUGGGGGCUAGCUGGCGAAAAGAGGGUGAGCCCCCUCUGCGCCGGCCCUAAAUAGGGCAGGCCACGCCCCCCCAGCCAGCCGAUUGGCUGGCUGGGGGGGGGAGAUGCGGACAGGAUUCCCCUGCUCUCGCGGGGGCUGAAACCAGCCUCCGCUCAUGUGGGGGGGGGCGUGAGUCCGCAACCCCACCUCCUGGGCAGGCCGGAAGUGGCUUUAUUGCUAUGGCUGAUGGCUGAUGCAAAUAAAGAUUCAUUCAUUCAUUCAUUCCUGACAGCAUGAGAACCUCUGGGGAUGCGGAUCAAUCAGCAUUGUCCACAAGCCUUGCUUCCUACCCUCCUGAACAACCUUGAUGGCUUUACAUCACCAGUGGGUUCUCAUGCUGUCAGGGAAGAGAGAAAGGAUGACUCUCCCUCACCCUCUCUUAACACGGAUCAGUCAACAUUGUACAUAAGGGCGGGAAGCAAAGCUAGUGAAAAGGCAGUCAGGACUCAGAUUAAGGUUGGCAGAUAAAUUUUCACUUAGAGUUUGCAAUGAGGGGCAACUUCCUUCUGUUUGUUGAUUUGUUCUGAUUAACACGCUGAGGUCUUAUGAGGUCACUUACCUCCAAGGUCUUAAAAACGUGAAGUAGGCUUUAACUUCCAAAAACCUGCAAUUCUCUCUGUGUGUAUAGUUUCUUAUAAUAAUUGAAGUCUGGGGUUUUAAAGUCAGAUUUCAAAACUUCUCCUUUUAUGUUUACAAGCUAAGUGAGUCAUAUGUCUUUUGUGAGCCCUGUUUUUUCUGCUGCACUGUUGUGCCUGUGGAUUUAAACCCUCUGAUCAUGCAGUUUUCUACAUAACUACCGUAUUUACUCGAAUCUAAUGUGCUGUUGAAUCUAAUGCACGCCUCAAUUUUCAGAACCUUGAAACCAAAAAAAGUAUUUGCUGGCGAAUGUAAAUGUGCCAUCGAAUCUAAUGUACACCUUAACUUUUGCAAAGUAAAUUUGCCAAAAAGGUGACCAUUAGAUUCAUGUAAAUACAGUAAUUAGCAGACAUUUGGGAGGGGCUCUCUAGAAAAGUUGGGGUGUUCACAACAAUAGUUACCAAUUUAGGGAGAUACUUGUUUUUUUAAAAAAACUGGGAACCAUCUGAGUUUAGUUGAAUAGCCAGCUGAAUUAAUUGAUAAAUGAUCUGUUAAUCAAUUACAACUAGGGUUGGAUGAACCUAUGAAGGUCCCAUGAUCUGCACUAUAUAUUUAAAGUGAUAUCACAACCACUUUAAUCAGUCAUGGUUUACACCAAAGAAUCAGGAAAACUAGUUUGUUAAUGGUGUUGAGAGUUGUUAGGAGGCCUCUAUGUUCCUCACAGAGCUACACAUUUCAGAAUGGUUUGACAAUCAGCUCCUCUUCCCAGGGAAUUCUGAGCUCUAUGAGGGAAGAGGGGUUUUCUAACAAUUCUCAUUACCCUUAACAAAUUACAACUCCCAGGAUUAUUUUGGGGAAGCAAUGACUGUUUAAAGAAGUAUGAUACAGUGGUACCUCGGGUUACAUACACUUCAGGUUACAGUCACUUCAGGUUACACACUCCGCUAACCCAGAAAUAUUACCUCAGGUUAAGAACUUUGCUUCAAGAUGAGAACAGAAAUCGUGCACUGGCGGCGCAGUGGCAGCUGGAGGCCCCAAUAGCUAAAGUGGUGCUUCAGGUUAAGAACAGUUUCAGGUUAAGAAUGAACCUCCGGAAUGAAUUAAGUUCUUAACCCGAGGUAACUGUACUUUUAAAAAUGUGUAGUGAAGAUUGGGCCCAAAUUUGGUUUCUCUUCUUGUUUCGUCUUUUCCAACAUUAGGUUUGGCUCACCACGUUUCUGCAUCAUGAAAAUUUGUUGGGAGUUUUAGUGUGCAUUUUCCUAAUACAUACAUUUUUAUGCAAUUUAGCCUAAUGUACACAUUUCCCCAAGCAAUUCUUGUAAGUUAUUUUCACUGAAAUAUUUGCAUGUUUAUUUCCCCCUAAUAUAUGCAUUUAUGUGCCCGUUUUUGGGUUAGAUAACUGGAUCACAAAAUUCAGAGAAGUGGUGAACUGAAGGAUUUUGGUUUGUGUAUAGUUAUGGGGGGAGUAAAUUAGGUCAGAAUAAAAAACCGAAUCAAAUUUGCCCGUCCCUUUUUGUGUAUUGAUAUAAUCAUAAAUAAAUAAUCCAUAAAUUUGUUUACUUAUAAAUCUGCAAUAUUUAGCCAUUAUAAAUGUAUGCAGGAGUGCACAUAUAUGCAUAUAUAUAGGCACAUAAAUUCUAACACACUCUGUGCCUAAAUACUGUUGACUCAUGGUUUUCUCUGGCAACCUUGGAGGUUUAGUUUUCAGUGGGGAGCUAAUGUGUGUAGUGGCUGCUCAGCCGCAAGUUUCUGCUUGUCAUUAAUUGGCUGGGGAAGUUCACCAGAAGUGGGACAUUUAUAGGCACAAAGCUCUUAUAAUGAUCACUUUUGAGCCUACUUUUGAUCUUGGACUUCAGUUAUCACCAGGUUUUUAUAUGCUAAUUAUCCAGUGUUUCUGGGGGACAAGGUUGGGACGGGGGUAUAUAAAACUACCAGCAAUUUAUAGAAGGUAAAUCAGGCAUUUCCAUUUAUCUUUGCUAAUAAUACUAGAAGAAAGGGAUACCCCAUAUAAAAUUGGGAAGAGAGAAAACUGAUUUAAUGCAGUGUAUAAUUAACUGGUGGAAGCCUCUUUUUUCAAUGUUGAAUUGACACUGUACAUUGCAUUUGUGUAUUGUAUACCACCUCGAUAUUUAACAUGAGAUGGCACAAUAUAAAUACUUUUAUAAAGAAGUAAACAGCCACUUCAUUGAUGCAUAUCUGAGCACACAGAAUUGUAUAACCUUGAAGUCAAGUUAGUAUUUGGGGGGAACAGACACAUUUAAGGCUACAAUUCUGUGUACACUUACCUUGACGUAAGCCCCAUUGAAGUCAAUAGCAUUUACUUCUCUGAGUAGACAUGUAACCUGUGACUCUAUAAAUGCAACAGCAGACCACUCAUGCCUUAGGCCCAGGUAACCCUCCAGGUGCUUAAAGAUUUCUCUUUUGAGGAAUCAUUUGAGGUUCUUUGUAAAGUUCUCUGCAUCCUUUUCCUUUAGCCACAACACCGGUAAAAUAUUAUACUUGGGAUUUUGGCCCAAAGUAGUGUGACAAUUCCCUGUGUUGCUAAGGAAAGCAGUCAUCCCCCCCCCCCCAAAUAUCUUUGUGUUUUAGCGAUACUGCCCCUGUCCUGGAAGAUGUAGGAGGUUGCAUAUAUCUGUGUGUGCAUUAUAGUUUAUUAACUGCUGUGUAAAUUACUUCUUAGCAAAGAAAUGGAAUUUAAGGCAUGAAAAGCACGCAACAACUUCUUAGUAUGGUUCACUUUUCUUUAUUAUAAAAACAACCAGCACCAAACUCAUUACAAUUUUCUGCCUCCCACCUUGGUGCAAUAAAUUUCUACCUUGAGGAUAUAAUUUCCUCAUUGGUAUUCCACACAGAGAAGUUAUGUUAAAAAACAAUCCUGAUGAUGAUGCAUGCUCCGUUUAUCUGCCUUUUGGUUUGAAAUUAAAUGUUUAGAAUGCCCAGUUCUGAAAACGACCUUUUAGGAUGAUGUACUGAGGAUUAAUCUCCAUGCAGUUUACAAGAUUGAGAGGCACAAAGCCUCUUCUUAACGACAGGAACCGCUGUGAAUUUUUGAAGGCGUAGAUGAGGAAUGUAAAGAUGGAUGUGAGGGUAGCAAAGUUAUUGGAUGCCGGUAUUCAAGGGGUGCUUGCUGGCCUGUUGCUACCACCGGCAUUUUACAGCUCUCCUUAAGGGAGGCUGACUUUUUAAAGAUUGUAUCCAAAUCCCUGAUUGAUUGGAGCACCAUUACAUCGCUUUAUAAAAACGUCCCAUGCUGUGGAGUGUAAAUGGGUUUGUUCCUUCUCAUUUUGAGGGCCAGUUCUAUUGCCAUGAUUAAGAGCCUGAUCGUGCAAGGUGCUAAGCCCCCCCCCCUUUUUGUGGGGGCAUUUAUUUAUUUGCAUAUCACUUUUAAAGGCAUCAUCCUUCCCUGCAUUGAUCCUGUGUCCAGGCAGGGAGACCUUUCUCCUGCACCCCUACACUUGGUCACUACACCAGUCCAGCAUUAUGGAUUCUUUUGGACUACAGUUCCCAUCUCCCCUGACCACUGGUCUUGCUAGCUAGGGGUGAUGGGAGUUGUAGUCCAAAAACCAGCUGGCCACCCAAGUUGGGAAAGACUGAUCUAGAGUAAUAAAUGGCUAGACUAACAACAGCUUGAAAGUGGGAGGCAUUAGCUCCCUGCACCUUUGCCAUCAGUUACUGGGAGUGUCAAUAGAGUCUAAAUAAUCCAUUGUGUGGAGGUAGCCAAUAUUUUAAAAGACACACUGGCCUGAGUGGAAGACACUUCUGUUUGUGCAAUUUCUGAUAAUCCCCCCCUCACUACACCACUUCAUGAACUGUUCCUGAAAGUCACCUAACCCUCAAAAGUAGAUUUCAGCACAAUCAACACAACGGAGGUGGGAAAGGCAAGGCCCAUUAUGCAAGCAGAAAUCUGCUUGCGGUUCUCUGAAAGAAAGAUGUCAUGCUUAGCACCAGCAGUAUAGCUGGAGUAACUGAUGCUUCCCUAACCUGAAUUACUAACCCCAUGUAGACUUGUCACAGUAAGAAGGGAAGUAAUAACUUCUCAAUCCCACAUAGAGUUGUCACAAUCAAAAGGGAAGUAGUUACUUCUCAAGGAACCUUCCUUCCAUAACAAAGCCACUACAGUACUGUUGACUGCAUGCAUCAGUAAUGUUUAUUAUGAAGCAGAUGUGGGUCUUGUUGGUCUUUUGCACUACGAGAACUCCUGCUUAAUAUGCCCCUAGAGGAAGCACCGAAAAGCACAGGGUCACUGGGUAAGAACUCUAAACAGAAUGAACUCAUAUAAAGUGCUACAAAUUACAUCAGAAUGUACACUAGACUCUCUGAGGAACGGAUGGGAAUACUGACUUGGGAAUACCGCUUGAGUCAGACUGUUGGUCAUGGAUCUUGGCCAAGAUCACAAACAUUUCUAUUAACUCAAAACUACAGAAGACUCUGCACUGCUUGAGUAUUAUAUUACUCCAGAGACUGACUAAAGAAUGGGCUGGCUGCCUUCCUUUCACUACAGAAAACAUACCGAUGCCAAAUACAAAUGCCAGAGGGGUUCUUAUAUAAUCUGCUGGUCCUUUUAAGACAAACAUCUGUGACUGCCAACACUGUCUCAUACUUCAGAUCCCAAAUCCAUUUGUUGGUCUGUUCAGGUGUCAGUUCCUGGUUAGUGGGUUUGUGCAAAGCCAGGAUAAGAUGCUCAUCUGCCUCUCUUGCAUGGCAAAGGAAUUUGCUUUGUGCCGUUAGAUCAAGGCUAUAGUCAGUUUGGCAGUUCCCAUGCCUAGUAGAAGCACUUGUAACUGGUGUCAGUAACUCCAGAUGCAGCCAUGUCUCAGACUCAGAACGCUGUACCUGGGAACCCAUUCUUCAGUACAAAACACAAGUACAUGGCAUCAUUUACGAAUGAUCCCCAUGGAUGAAUUUUGUCAUUUUUGCCUAGCACAUAAAGAAAGGCUGGGCUCUUUUAUCUUCCCCCUGCGGCCCUUGUGGCCCCAAAGCUCUGUUCAGGGGGACUGGGGGACACCUCCAGAGCAGCAGUAGAAACAGCACAGGGGGCUACAGGGGAAGGGCAAUACUGGUGAGAUUUUGGAUCUUCCCAUUGGUGAGGUCCUUUGCUGGAUCUUGGUCCCAUCAAUGAAUGAAAGGUGCUCUUCUGUUGCAGAAGCCUAGUUAGGAUCCAAGCCAUGAUCAAUAUCUGAAAAUGGGUCAGGCGAAAGCAACCCCAUUAGAUGAGUGGAAGUCAUUCACAAAUGAUGCUAUGUGUACUGCUGUUUUGUUCCUCUGGAAUCAGUUAUCAAAUGCAAAAGGGGAUGAAAGGCCUGAAAUAAAUUUUAGAAUUGCUGGUUCUUUUGAGUGCAUCCAAUCAUGUUAAGGCAUGCCUUGCCACUGAUGACUUCACUCCAGGAAACAGAAGCUCUGAUUGGAAUAGAAAGGAAGAUCCCCAACCCUACUUCCUACCUGAUUUUUUUUUUAAUAAACUUUUUUCUUCACAUGAUGUAAAUUGGAUUCACUUGCUUUUCUUUUCUCUCUCUUCCCACUCUGCCCAGGUCCUGGUGGCAGCCCUGGCCGAAACUGCCAAAAAUGUGAUCUACGUUCUCGUGCUGUUGUUCCUGCUCAUGUUUAUCUUUGCAAUUCUGGGUCAGGGUUUGUAUGGAGACCCCGAACACGGGGACACACGUAACUGGGGCACCCUAGCAGCCGCCUUUUUCACUCUUUUCAGUUUAGUGACGGUAAUUAUCCAUUCUCGGCUAGCUCUGUCCCACAUUGCUUUUAUAUAAUGGCAAAAUCAAUUUGAAUAGAAACUAUUUCAGGGUGUAACUAGGUCUAGAUCUGUUAUGUUUCAAGGUUUUUUCUUAUUUUAAGGACAAAGGUAGUUUCUGGGAGUGGUCUACUUAAGAUGAGGAACAUGGUUCUUAGGAUGGUUGUUUAAGCUUUCCCCUUGCCAUUGUUCCACUCAUUCAAAAAUCCUCCCUAGAGAUGCUGUUUGCCCCAUAAAGCAAAACAUGCUGGUAUCACGCUGUGCCAUUGAACACUUGAGUGUGUCUUCAGUCCAGCUAUUUUUCAGACGACUGUAGAGUGGGUGCAGUUUGCAUCUCAUCCCCAUCGUUAUCCCCAUCAUUAUUUUGCCAAUGAACCUAAUUUUCCUUCAACAUUCCCCACAAUAUCUGGACAAACUUUGAGAACGGUUUUGUGGCUUCCCUCCCCCCAUAAUCAAUUGUCCCCCCGCCAAUGUUUAUCUUUGUGCACAUAUAGUGCAAACACACCAAGAUGGGCCCCAGAACAAAGAAGGGUAAUAAGGUGAAAUGGGACAAGGACAAAAGCGUGAUCAAGAUCUCAGAGACAAUAAUGAUUGCCCCAAACAAUUCCUGCAUGAAGCAGGGGGUUGGGCUGAUUACCACCAAAGGAUCUUCUGAUUCUAUCAAAUUACUGUUAAUUAGUAAGAGCAGUUGUUUUAAAUCUGAAAGUAUAGGCAUGGAUCAGUGUGUGUGUGUGUGUGUGUGUGUGUGUGUGUGUAUGUGUAUGUGUGUUGGGAAGAAUGUAUUGCAUUGAGGAAGGCAGAAAGGCAAAAAACCCCCAACCAAACCAAGCCUUCAGUCUUGUUAAUUUCAUCGCUGCCACCAGGUCAAUAUCUUCUACCACCAUGGGCCCUCAGCCGCCUGCACUAAACAGCCUUCUAAGCUUUCCCCUCUACCAUAGAGUGGUUUGGCACUUAGCUUGGGGUGAAUAACAAACUCACUGACCCCCCCCCAAAACCCCCCAACCUUUAAUUAAGGUUUUAGUAAAGCAACAUUAAACAGCUUGUGAGGAAAUAAUUUUAGAUUUUUAAAAUAUAUAGAGAGAGAGAUAAAUGCACCUGAGAUAAAUGUACCUGUUCUAGCCUGUUUCCCCAACCAAGCCAAUGCUUAUGAAUCUGUACCCCCCUGCUUAUAUAGGUUCCUCUGUGCCCAUAUGCUGACUCGUUCUGUUGUAGUGCCCCUUUGAGCUGCCAAACAUUUUCUAGUGUUCCAGCACUGUUAGUGUUUCAGCCUUUUUGCUCUCAAAUCUCUAUCUCUUCUCAUCUUUUCAUCUCUUCAGUUAACUAUGCUAUUUUCCAACUCAACUUAUGCACCAAUAUUUUCACGCCUCUUCCCAAUCUUUUAGCAAAUUGGAAGGAGAGAAGAUUCCUGGUUAAGUUUCUAUCUUCCAUAAUUGCCAGGUUCCUCUGUGCAGAGCUUCCCCGCGUACAUUUAACGUUAUUCAGAACUUUUACCCCUCUUGUCCAGAAAAGCCUCCAACACUAAGCAACUGUUUUACAAUCGGAGUCUUACAACCCCAAAUUAAAUCACUAUGAUUUAUAUGAAACUUGGUUGAUUCUUCUUUAGAGUUUAAUCACUGAUCUGAUGACCUUUCAGGUUGAUGGCUGGACAGACUUGCAGGAUGAACUGGAUGCCAAAAAAUUUGUUUCAAGCCGGACAUUCACAAUAGUGUUCAUUCUCCUGGGAUUUUUUGUGUUUUUCAACAUGUUUAUUGCAGUUGUUAUCAUGGAUAUUCAGGUAACUUGCCUUUGUGUGGCAGAGAUAGCAAUUUUAUCUCUGUAUAAAUUCAUUUAUCUCUGUAUAAAUUCAUUUGUUUGAUAACCAGCACUUACUGAGUUCCCACAAAACUGCUAUGCAUGUGAACUAUUUGUGACUGAAAGUCUGCUCUGAUUAGUGAAUUUUAGUCUAAAUCCUAUGUCUAAUUUUCAUCCAAUUUAGGCAUAUCUUUUAUCUAUAUACUGCAAAAUGGGUAUAGUGACACACGUGAUUAAUAAUAAUAAUAAUAAUAAUAAUAAUAAUAUAUUAUUUAUACCCCGCCCAUCUGGCUGAGUUUCCCCAGCCACUCUGGGCGGCUCCUAAUCAAGUGUUAAAAACAGUACAGCGUUACAUAUUAAAAACUUCCCUAAACAGGGCUGCCUUAAGAUGUCUUCUGAAUGUCAGGUAGUUGUUUAUCUCUUUGACAUCUGAUGGGAGGGCGUUCCACAGGGCGGGUGCCACUACCGAGAAGGCCCUCUGUCUGGUUCCCUGUAACCUCACUUCUCGCAAUGAGGGAACCGCCAGAAGGCCCUUGGCACUGGAUCUCAGUGUCCGGGCUGAACGAUGGGGGUGGAGACGCUCCUUCAGGUAUACAGGACCGAGGCCGUUUAGGGCUUUAAAGGUCAGCACCAACACUUUGAAUCGUGCUCGGAAACGUACUGGGAGCCAAUGCAGAUCUCUCAGAACCGGUGUUAUGUGGUCCCGGCAGCCACUCCCAGUCACCAGUCUAGCUGCCGCAUUCUGGAUUAAUUGCAGUUUCCAGGUCACCUUCAAAGGUAGCCCCACGUAGAGCGCGUUGCAGUAGUCCAAGCGGGAGAUAACUAGAGCAUGCACCACUCUGGCGAGACAGUUCGCAGGCAGGUAGGGUCUUAGCCUGCGUACCAGGUGGAGCUGGUAGACAGCUGCCCUGGACACAGAAUUAACCUGCACCUCCAUGGACAGCUGUGAGUCCAAAAUGACUCCCAGGCUGCGCACCUGGUCCUUCAGGGGCACAGUUACCCCAUUCAGGACCAGGGAAUCCCCCACACCCAUCCGCUCCCUGUCCCCCAAAAACAGUACUUCUGUCUUGUCAGGAUUCAACCUCAAUCUGUUAGCCGCCAUCCAUCCUCCAACUGCCUCCAGGCACUCACACAGGACCUUCACUGCCUUCACUGGUUCUGAUUUAAAGGAGAGGUAGAGCUGGGUGUCAUCUGCAUACUGAUGAACACCCAGCCAAACCCCCCUGGUGAUCUCUCCCAGUGGCUUCAUAUAGAUAUUAAAAAGCAUGGGGGAGAGGACGGAACCCUGAGGCACCCCACAAGUGAGAGCCCAGGGGUCUGAACACUCAUCCCCCCCCCACUUUCUGGACACGGCCCAGGAGGAAGGAGCGGAACCACUGUAUGACAGUGCCCCCAGCACUGUUCUGUUAGAUCUGUUAGAUCUGUCAUAGUCCUACUGCAAGCUGAAAAGUCUUGUGGGAUGAACAUUAAUGCCAAAAGUGUAUACAGUCGUACCUUGGAAGUUGAAUGGAAUCCGUUCCAGAAGUUUCUUCGAUUUCCAACACAUUCAGAAACCAAAGCGUGGCUUUUGAUUGGCUGCAGGAAGCUCCUGCAGCCAAUCAGAAGCCACAGAAGCCCCACUGGACGUUUGGCUUCCAAAGAUCGUUUGCAAACCAGAACACUCACUUCCAGGUUUCCAGCAUUCGAGAGCCAAAAUGUCCGAGUAUAAAGGCAUUCAGGAUCCAAGGUAUGACUGUAUAAACAAUUACUUCAAAUAUAUUGAUGCUGUUACUUCUGCAGAAUGAUAUAUCACUACUUUGGCAUGAAGUACAAGGGAUAUGGUUAUGAACUGGGCUGCUCUACUAUACAAAGUAUCUAGAACAGUUUGUCUACCAGUAAUAAAUGCUGAUUAAUGGGAUAUCCAAGGCAGAGGAUCACCUUGGCUCUGUACUUAAGGAGGCAGGGAAGGGUGUAAGGAGAGGGAUUACACAUACCUUAUUCUUUUACUGGUUGAGAAAAUAAAAUUUCCUGACGAUGUAGUAAAUGAACAGGAGCUUUGUCUCAAUAUAUUCUAUCACCCUUUGUUUUGAUACAACCAGGGGACAACUGAUGAAUAUGAGCAAAAGCUUAAAGCAGACAGGCAUGCUGCUCUGAUGGCAAAAAAGCAGUCCAUUCUGAAAAGACAACAGGACGAAAUAAAGGCAUUACUGAAUCAGCAGGUUAGCACAUAAUAAUGUUACAUUGCAAUAAGGGCAUACUUUUUAGUAGAUGAUUCCCAUUCAGUUAGUCUCCAUUAAUUCACAAUGAAUGAAUAACCGACCAAGAAAAUAACCCACCUGUGGAGAAUUUUAAAAGUAAACCAAGUUGUAGAUUUUCACGUCAUUUAAUGCUCAGACUGAAGUUGUUCAUUUAGCUUAUAAAGUGGAAAAGCCACAGCUGUGCUCCACUCUGUGGGCCACAGAGCCCAACGCUGUACAGAAUAUUGGGUCCAGAGAGAACAUUAUACCUACCUUUCAAGCUAUAAAAUCUAAAUAGACUGUUGAAAUUGUCCGAGCAUAUUCAAGUGUUAGUCUUGUAGCUGGUUAGGGCUGGGAUUGUUACAUCUCCUGAAUGAACUAGCUGUGGCUUAUUAAUUUUAGUUAAUAGGCUUUUUGACCGCUUUUAAGGCAAUAUUGCAUACCAAAGCAGAUAUACAACUACAUAUCCAUAAAACCCAAGAACAAAACUAUUUAAAACAAUGCAGAUAUCCAGUUCUAUUCCCAAAAUAUACUAGUUUGCAUACCAGAAAAGAAGUGGCUUACCUAACUCUGAAAAACAGCAUUCAUUAUCCUAGAUUGAAAAAUGGUUAUUAAAGCCUGUUUAAAAUUAACGAGGGAUGGAGCCUUGGGCAUCUGUGGCAGAGAGCAAGGAAGUCCCCUCUGCCGCUGGAUGAACUGUAGUAUCCAAUUCCCAGCUUUUAUUUUUAUUUUUUCCUGUUUCAGGCAUCUGUAAAACACGAGAUGUGGUGCAACAUGUGUUUUCCUUUGUUUUGUGAGAAACUAACUUGCUCCCACCUCUAGGGGUUUUUGGCCAAUGAAUGAAGUCAUAGCAGUGAUUGACAUUUAAGAAACCAGAUUGUUAUGUACUGAGUUGAAUGGGAUCCAAACUGCAGCAGUCUGAUUGGUCCUAGAACAAUAGGAUCCAAAAUGCAGCAGUCUGAUUGGUCCUAGAACAAUGCAGCAGUAUGACUGGUUGGCAGGAACCACCCAAUCAUGCUCCAGAUAGAAGUGAAUCCACAACCUGAUUGGCUUACAGUAGAAUUCCGGAAUUAGCCAAUCAUGUGCAGCCCAUUGUGUAAAUAAUGUAUAUAAAGCAGAUACUUCGAGGGGACAUUCAUUCAUUCUUCCUCACCACUAUGAGCUGAAUAAAGAGCAUGAAAUCACUUUGCGACUCUGAGUAUAUUUCACAGAUCUAGACAAUUAGACAAAGAGAAGGCUAGCUACCACCAUUAAGUCUCCAGAACUACCAGAAAUGGUAGGCCAGUUAUCUCAUGUAUGUAUGUUUAUUUAUCCCCUGCCCCGCACAUGAAACAUUCCUGCAGAUGCCCAUGGAUAGAACUUGCCUCACUUGGAAUCAAGUUCCAUGAAUUGGGAAGUGUAUUUCUUAAGCUUUCUUACAAUUUAUACAUACACAUCCCUUACUCACACAUUCGCUCAUAUCUUCAUCUGCAAUGGAGUUCCGUUGACCCUUUUUGGGUCAAUCUGAAGGAUCCUACACAGGGCUUUUUUCUCAGUUCUGGCACCUCUCAGGUGGGCACCAUUGCCGUUAAUAAGAGAACAAGGGAAGCACGCAUGGUGAGAUCCAGUCACCUCUUUUUCUAGAAAAAAAACACAGAUCCUACAGAUUUUGGAAGGCAUGCAGAAAGGGGGCCAUGCAGGGAUGCGAGGAGCUCCUUGGGAAACAUGGUGCUCAGCAACUUCCUAGAUGUCUAUGACUCCUCCCUGACAAAACCCAAACAGUGUCAGUAAUGGAAUAUGGACAAACUUCAUACAGUUUCUAAAGGGCUACCCAUAUGGUGCCCUUUUUAAAUCCCACAAAACGUCUCCCAGAAAUUCAAGGGUAAGAUGGACCAGUCCUGAUCUGGAUGUGACUUCUGUUACUUUAAAACAUAGGUAGGGCACCUCAAGACUGAGAGCCACAUGCAGCCCUCAAGUUAUCACUAUCUGGCCCGCAGAACAUUCUCCAGGCCACACUCCUCCCAGGCCACCUUUUGUACCCUGAAUGCUUGUGCCUGACUAGUAUGUGCUCUUGAACUCUGAUAAUGCCUCGUGCUUGUCUCUAUGGAGGACAUAUAGGAGAUCUGUGAGUGUGUGUAGAAACUCGCCUCCCAUUCAAAGGUAAGCAUUCACAUUUGUUGCUCUACCUCCUUUCCCCUCUGGCCCUGCCCAUCACUGUCAUAUGGGUACCAGAAGGUUGUCCCCUGGGCUGAAAAAUGUCCCACCCCUACACCUCUGCCAGCUUUAAAGCAUAAAAAAACUCACCCCCUUUCCAAUGUUGCUUAUUUGCCUUUUGUGGAAGUUGCUGGGAGUAUAACCAGCUCUGUGAAGCCGAAUGCGGCAUUGUAGCACUGGCAUUAAACCGGUUGCCUGUCUUUUCACACCAGAAAUCAACAGAAUAUAGAACCUUUGAUGAAAUGGUGGAAAGCUUCAAGAAAACCCUGUAUCACACAGAUCCCAUGAUCUUAGAAGAUUUUUGUUGCAGCCUGCCGUUCAUCGAUCUAUAUUUGUCAUCUUUGGAUCGUCAGGACGCCACAAUUUAUAAGUAUGCAACACUUCCUAAGUCAACCGUAUAAGGGUUAGAUCAUGUUCAUAUUAAUAGUUAUUUCACUGCAGCCAACGCUAAUUAUUUUAAAUCCUUAACACUCCUGUGCUGUUUGUACUGAGAUCUAACAGAAAUGUUUUUUUUUAAGUGUGUGGCAUUGUUUCCUAAAUACUGUGAAGUUAAGGAAUUCUGAAUGUUGGUUGGCAAUGGUAUGAUUGAAUGCUUCCGAGGGGGCAAAAGCAUUCCUUGCAUGUAGAAAGCUAGAACUUCAGGAAGAAGGGUUCUGGGAUAAUCUUCCCAAUCUUUCCAAAUGCAAGGAGUUUUUGAAAUGGAAGGCAGUCUAAUGUUUGAAAUGGUCUUGCCAUAGGAGAGGUGUAAAACAUUGUUUUUUGUGUUUGAAUCAGCACUCUGAGAGAAAACCAUGUUUAACAGCUUUGCAAUGACAGGACCAUUUCAAACAUGUAAAAACUGCAAGAACAGAAGCUUCCCAGUCAGGGUAUUUCUGUUCAAAACAAGGAAGGAAUGAAAAGGUGCAUUGUAGACUCUUGUUCCUAACAAGUGCAUGAACGGUAUAGAAGGCACAGCUUCCUGAAUAAGCCCUACAAAAAUACCUUAAUACUGGCCAUUUAGAGUUAGAAGAAUGAAGCUUUGGAAAUGAUUAAAGAUCACACUUGAAUAUUUAGUCACAUUUUAAACUCUGUUUUGCCAACUGAUGCAUAUGGAUCUUGUGAUAAUUUGUUCCUACUGAUGAAAAUGUUGUAGACCUUUGGAAGAGACUUAAGAGGCUGAAUGUAAGAAGCCACUGGGGCUGUUUCUUGCACCUUGGAAACAUUGCUUCCAGGAUCCAAAAAUCUGUGAUCGUGUAAAUCUGUGUGUGAUGAAUGUUAUAUUGCUCUUUAUUUUAAAAUAAUUCUAAGCUGCUUUUAUAUUUAAGAAAAUGCAUCAACUGACUUGCUAAAAACAACAAGACUAUAACUCAAAGCAGCAGAAAGAAGCAAUAAAUAAAAUUUUAGACUGAGGGGAUCAAUAUAUAAACUCACACCGUCCAUACAAUACAUCUGCUUUGUAUGCAGAAGGUCUAAGGUUCCAUCCCUGGCAUCUCUAGGUAGGACUGGGAAACUUUCCUGUCUGAAACCCCGAAAAGCCGUUGCCAGUCAGUGUGGACAACACCAAAAAACAUGGACCAAUGUGAAGAGCUCCCAAAUGCCCUCUCCAAAUUGAGUACAGUGGUACCUCGGGUUACAUACGCUUCAGGUUACAUAUGCUUCAGGUUACAGACUCCGCUAACCCAGAAAUAUUACCUCGGGUUAAGAACUUUGCUUCAGGAUGAGAACAGAAAUCAUGCAGCAGUGGCAGUGGGAGGCCCCAUUAGCAAAAGUGGUACCUCAGGUUAAGAACAGUUUCAGGUUAAGAAUGGACCUCCGGAACGAAUUAAGUACUUAACCCGAGGUACCACUGUAAAUGGACAGUAAAAAGGGAAAGGCAGUUCAAUGUAAGCAAGUGUAAAUUGAAGCAUGUUGGGGAGGAGGAAUCCCAAUGGGGUCUGAACUGAUGGUGACUGACUAGGAGCAAGGCUUGGGGUUGUAGCUCAAUGAAGAUAUUGACCAAGUGUACAGCAGCCGCAGUGAAAAAAGCAAAUUCCAUGUUAGGGAACGUUAGGAAAGGGACUGAAAAGAAAACUUCUAUGGUUGUAAUUCUGUUAUACAAAUCUAAUGCACAACAGCACUUGGAAUAUUGUGCUCCCUUCUGGUUGCCUCACCUAAAAAAUAAAAAUACUGUGGAGUUGGGAAAAGUCCAGAAAAGGACAACCCAAAUGAUUGAGGGAAUGGAGAAACUUCCCUAUGAGGAAAGGUUACAGCAUCUGGAACUUUAGGCUUAGAGAAAAGGAUAGUGAAGGGUGACCUGAUAGAAGUUUAUUAAAAGUGGCUAGAGGAACUUUUCUCCUCUCUCCUAACAUGAUAAGUCCUGGACAUCCAGUGAGGCUGAAUGCUGGAAGAUUCAGGAUAGAUAAACAAAAACACUUCUUCCCACAGCUAAACUAUGGAACUUGCACCUGCAGGAGGCAGUCAUAGCUACUAACUUGGAUGGCCUUAGAAGAGGAUCAGAUAAAUUCAUGGGGCAUCAAGACUGUCAACAGCUACUAGCCAUGAUGUCUAUGCUCCACCUCUGUUGUCCGAGGCAGUGUGCCUCUGAAGUGGUUGCUGGGAAUCACAGUGAGGGGAGAGGGCUCUUGUGUCUGGGUCCUGCUUGCGGGUUUCACCACAGGCACCUGGUUGGCCACUUUGAGAACAGAAUGCUGGAUUAGAUGGGCCACGGGUCCAGUGACCCAGCAGGCUGUUCUUAUGUUCUCAAGACCUGUUGUAGCAUCAUGAAAUGAGCAUUGCAUGUGUUUUGCUUGUUUUCUCAUUCCAGGCUGCAAAAAUUGUAUUAUGAAAUUGUUGCCGUUUUGACUAAUAUGCUGCAAGAAGCAGACGAAAAGCCUUUGCAGAGCUUGCAGACUCAUAGGUGAAGACCUGAGUUUCCUGCUACCUAACGAAAAAGUGUUUUUUCCCCAUUUGAAAAAUCUCUUGCACGCUCCUUAGCAAUUAGCAAAAUGAAUGGAAGACCUUCCAGCAGAGCUAGAGUUUUACUUUGUUUGUAUUCACAUCUUAGGAAAUAUAAACGUAAUUUGGCUGCUUUGCUAAUGC